AAACUUACUGCUUUUUAUUUUGUGUUUGUCUGCGUCUGCGAGUUGAACUGUUUAGACAAUUUUAGUGAUAAUUCGGAUUCACUGGGUCAGCAUUUUUGUAUAGCUUUAUUAAUUAAUAAUGUUUAAAAAUAUGAGGCUUAUUUUGGCACCUGGAUUGGUGGUUAUGGUAGUAAGAACAAUUUGUAGAGCAUCUUCAACUUGCUCAAAAUUUGAUGUAAACUUACUCCAUAAAAUAAAAGACAGCCACAAAAUACUAGUUAUGGCAGGAGCUGGAUUAAGCACCCCAAGUGGAAUUCCAGAUUUCAGGUCACCAGAAUCUGGAUUGUACAGUAAUCUACAGAAAUACAAACUUCCUUACCCUGAAGCCAUUUUUGACUUACACUUUUAUGCAAGCAACCCAGCUCCGUUCUUGGAUUUAGCAAAAACAAUAUACCCUGGGGCAGGAAAUAUCAAGCCAAACAUUGGCCACUAUUUUGUGCGUCUCCUGGAAACUAAAGGGAAAUUGCUCAGGAUGUAUACUCAAAAUAUUGAUGGCUUAGAACGAUUGGCUGGUUUGAAUGAAGAUCAUCUAGUUGAAGCACAUGGAGGAUUUUCCACAGCUUCUUGUAUCAGUUGUGGAAUAAAAAUGGAUACACAUAUUGUCAAAGAAAAAAUAAUGACAGGGAAGGAACCUAGAUGUGUUGAAUGCAAGAGCUUAGUAAAACCAGAUAUAACAUUUUUCGGGGAAAUGCUUCCAGAACGGUUCAUGUCCUUAUAUGAAGUAGAUGCGAUCGAUGCUGAAUUACUCAUCGUUAUUGGAACAUCACUUGUGGUUUAUCCAUUUGCUGGUCUGGCAGACAUGGUACCAGAUGACAUUCCCCGAUUACUGAUCAACCGUGAUGUAGUGGGAACAUUCGGCUCUCGACCUAAAGAUUCAGUUCUGAAGGGGGAUAUAAUUCAGUUAACUAAGAAUUUAAUUUCUGACCUUGGCUGGCUUGAAGACUUAAGUAAACUUAUGAAUAGUUCUGAUGUACAAAGUAGCAGAUUUGGCAGGAACUAAGCCAACAUCAUCAUUUAUGAGUUUUGUGGAUGAUAAACUUUUACAACAUUAUCAAACUGAAACACUGUUUGGUAUAAAUGUUUGUAAAAACUCGCCCAUAACAAUAUUUGAUCUUUGAAAUAUGAUAUCUACUGUAAUUACAAAAUGUUUUUUAAAUUAAAAUAAGACUUUACCAAUCACAAUAGGAACUGAACUGUAAAAAUAGUAUAUUUAAAUAAAUUUUACAAUAAAAACUGUCAUGUUGUAAAAACA